UGACCAACCGCGUCUAAACUAAAGCUCUGUAUAAGUAGCCAUGGACUGGAGACGCUACAAUCACAUCCCAACUCACAAAACAGCCAAACAGCACUAAUCUUCUCCCUCACGCAACUGGAGCAGAGUGAGAAAAAGAGAUCUUUUUCUGGCAAUGGAGGUGACCCCGAACCACACGCAGACGGUGAGCGGGUGGGCGGCCACGGACGAAUCCGGCAAGGUGGCGCCGUUCAUCUUCAAGCGCCGUGAGAACGGCGUGGACGACGUGACGAUCAAGGUUGAGUACUGCGGGAUGUGCCACACGGACCUGCACUUCGUCAACAACGACUGGGGCAUCACCAUGUACCCCGUGGUGCCAGGCCACGAGAUCACGGGCGUCGUCACCAAGGUCGGCACCAACGUGUCAACCUUCAAGGCCGGCGACCGCGUCGGCGUCGGCUGCAUCUCGGGCUCCUGCCUCGACUGCGAGCACUGCGCCCGGUCCGAGGAGAACUACUGCGACAAGGUCACGCUCACCUACAACGGCGUCUUCUGGGACGGCAGCGUCACCUACGGCGGAUACUCCGGCAUGUUCGUGGCCAACAAGCGGUUCCUCGUCAGGAUCCCCGAUAGCCUCCCCCUGGACGCCGCCGCCCCGUUGCUCUGCGCCGGGAUCACUGUGUACAGCCCCAUGAAACAGCACGGGAUGCUGGACCAGAGGGGUGCUGGAAGGAGGCUCGGGGUUGUCGGCCUCGGCGGGCUCGGCCAUGUCGCGGUGAAGUUCGGGAAGGCGUUUGGGCUCCGUGUCACCGUCAUCAGCACGUCCCCUGCGAAAGAACGCGAGGCCAGAGAGAACCUCAUGGCCGACGACUUCGUCCUCAGCACCGACCAGAAGCAGAUGCAGGCUAUGGCGAGGAGCCUGGAUUAUGUGAUCGACACGGUGUCGGCGUCGCACUCGCUGGGGCCGAUCCUGGAGCUGCUCAAGGUGAACGGGAAGCUGGUGCUGGUGGCGGCGCCGGACAAACCCGUGGAGCUCCCUUCGUUCCCGCUGAUAUUCGGGAAGAGGACGGUGAGCGGGAGCAUGACGGGGGGGAUGAAGGAGACGCAGGAGAUGAUGGACCUCUGCGGCGAGCACGGCAUCACCUGCGACAUCGAGCUCGUCUUCACGGACAGGAUCAACGACGCCCUGGCGCGCCUCGCAAGGAACGACGUCCGCUACCGUUUCGUGCUCGAUAUUGGAGGCAGCAACGCCAGGCUCUAGCUAUAGGACACUUGCUGCUGUGCUCUGGCUACACGAUGUGAUAUGUGGGGGGUACUCUGUUUCAGCCUGAUCAAAGUAACGGAUUCAUCAGUUGUAUAAUGUGAGGAAUUCAGCCAUUCUGUCGUCCUCCAAUUGGCUACGAGGCUACUAAUUUGUUGCCUGUACUUCAAUUGCAUGUCUUCUUUCUGAAAGAUAUAAUACUCGUAUUCAGUUAGCUCU